GUUCCCCUGGUUCAUUGGUCCAUUCUCCUACCUACCUCAGCAUUUAAACUCUCUAGUUGUCAAUACUCUUCACCAGUUCCUUCUGGAAAUUUUGCUGCUUGCUGCCUGGUUCCAUGUCCUGUGAUCCUACGCUCCUGUUAUCACCCUGCUCAUUUUGUCCAGGUGCAGGCUGUGGAUUCUUUUAAUGGAGCAGGGAAACAUUUCUCAGCAUUCCUAGUGAAAUCCAACCCUCUACCUGACCUGCAUGUUCUAAACAAACCUAUUCACAUUGCCAUGAAUGUAAUUAUUAACGGCCCCAAUUUCCGGUCACAGUUGCUGCAUCGUCCAUCCUCCGCCUCCGGCCACAAUUUUCCAGCUUUCUUACUGGAACAAUCCCAGCGGAGCAGGGCACUCAUCCCUAAAACUGUGUUGGACAAAAUACUGCCAAAAGGAUGCUGCACACCAGCAACGCUGAUUACCAUCUGCAGAUCUGAAGAUAGAGAAAUGAAAUUGGCAAUGAGGAUUAAGAAAACAUGGAAGCAGGAUAUUGCAGAGCCAAUAAGCAGACAAAAAGAGAGAACCUGGCAAGCAAUGGGCCUAAUAGAUCCCAUGCAGUCAAAUAUACAGAGACAUGCAGCUAAGCUCUGGAAUUUGAAAGAGGAUUCUACUUUGCAAACCAGCUUUUGGAAGCAACUUUCUUUAAAAGCUGCAUCUCGUAAGGAUGGAGUUUAUGUUCAUGGACAACCCCUGCUGGCAACCAAAAAGAACAAAGGAUCCAUAUAUAGGUCACAGUAUGCAAUAAGGCCAGCCCUGCAUAAUGAUAUUGAAUAUUUCAGUGAGACGUUAAACACAAAAGAAGCUGAGCUACACUCCCUGAAGGCAGAGAGGAAAGCGGAAAAUUCACACACAAAUAGAGAAAAUGGAAACAAACAUAUUUUAGCCUACAGAUUACAAAUACAGCAGACACAUAAAGCAAAUUAUCAUGAUGCCAGUGUAGAAAACAAGCCUUCUGAUGUGAGAGAGAAUAGUUUUAUCAUGUUGAUUCCUCACGCAGAGAUGGAGGCACAAGCUGAGCCAUCAAAGGCUGCAAACACAGAGAUGAGGUGGGAAACAAUAAAGGAGCUGGGUGACUCCCCACCUUUCAUCAAAUCCUUAAAGGACUUCAUUAGUGAAACAGACAAAUCCAAAUGUAACUGCUUUGUAGGGAAAAACAGCUUGUUAAAACUGUAUCUAAUAGACACAACAGAGAUGGCAGAUCUCAAAUUAGCAAAAAAAUUAUCAAAAGUUACUACAAUAUCUGCUACCACAGAGAAAAGGGAAGCACCUCAGGAAAAUGUGCCUGUUAAUACCACAGAGGAGGCAAAUACAACAGUAGAAGAAUCAGUAAUACCGUUGCCACCCUCAUUAAAAGUGAGGCAGACUGAAACUACAACAGCCAGGUCUCUGACUGAAGCAUCGUCAAUAAAAAUGGAGACCCAAGAUACGACUGAAGUUUUCAGUCAAAGCAGCAAAACUGACAUCCAGCCAAGUGGAGACCAGACACAAACUACGCUACCCGACCCCGAGACAGACUUUGAACCAAGAUUCAUAAAAUGUAUAACACACGUUCCACCCAAAGUCCAGUUCUCUGGCCUCAGAAUAAGACAUGACGUGCCGGUAAUUAUUACAAACCUCGACAAGGACACAAAGAACGAUGUUAAAGGUUCUGCAAACUGGGCUGCAGCUGACAGAAAACAUGGUCUGUACCACCAUGAAGGAGAAUCACAGACUUUUUCAAGAAGUUCAGAGGACAUCCAAAAGGAAGGUGCAGACAAAGAUCUGAAGACUGCAAGCAGCACCGCUCCGCUCUGCAGUGGUCUGAUUGAUCGCUCUGUAGCUGGCUGGAAACACUGUGUGGAGAGACGGGGAGGACCAUCAUCCAAGCCGGUCUCUGUAUGGGAAACGUCAGUUACUGGAAAGCUGGAGAAGGAACCCAUGAGACGCAGUAAGCAAAACCCUCUCAGCGAUAAGGACGACCACUUCUAUUAUUUUAACGGAGCACUGAAAAGAGUUCAGAAUAAUGUGCAAGUUUAUUACGAAAGGCAAAGACGAAGAAGACACAGCUUUAGAACCACAGAGAAUGCUAUCAAAGAAAAAUGGGAACAGCCUCAAGAUAAUCUUCAAAGCUACAUCCAGAGACUUAUUAAGAAAAAUAAAGUUGAUCUCUUCACAUGAUGACACACUGACGUUAACAUGAAGAGAUUCUGUACUUAGAAAGACAACUGUAGGAUAUAAACCUUCAACUUAAAGAAUAAAAUACUGAACCUCUGUUUCUCAUUAGGACAGUUGUCUUCCUUAUAAAUGUGUUUCUUGCAACAGCAUCACCUAGAGGCCAGUUAAUGAUAUGCAGCAUCCAGCUUGAAGGACUUGGUCAAGCCUGUUGGAAUGGCAUUUCCUCUUCAGAGUGAGGUUGACACUAAACACGAAAAGAUAACCGCUUUAAAAGAAUAACUCACCAUUUCUGUGUCUGACUGUUUUUGUAUAAAGUUUUAAUGCAUUUAUUCUCCUGCAGUUUUCUGUCACCUAAUUUGAAUUUGUACAUGACAGGUUUUGUGUAGACAAAUAGCUUCUGUGGGCACCACGUUUUGUUUACCAAAUUAAAUCACUUUCUCAGUGAAUUACUAAAGUAUUCAUACCCUUUUUCAGAUUUCAUCACAUUGUAAACUUCAGAUUAUUUUGUUGGGAUUGAUUAACACGAAGUUGCACAAUAAAAAGGAUUCAUAAAAAAAAAAACA